AAAAUGAACGCCUCAGUGCGCAUACGUUGCACCAGUGCAGAGGGUUCAGCUGAAAAUUACAACUCGCUGCACCAGCAGAUCUAUUGCACUAAAUAUCGCGGCGCUAUCGGCCGAGUCGCACGGCCGACGGCCUCUAAUGAUAGUAGCGCGACUAAUGCUCUUCUCCGCAGCCUCCGUAGCCUCCGUUGAGUCGGCCGGGCUCGCUCGUGUUCGGGACAUUAUGCAGUAAAUGCAUAAUUGUGCGACGUAGCGAAGGAUAUCGUGAUUUCGACGUCACUCACGACGGCGAAAUCACUGGCGAACGUCAGAAUCGUGUUCAGGACAAAUAGAGACAAACGUCCACGCAAGGUUAGACACAAGGUGCGAGCGAGGUUGACUUCGUAGAAGCGGCUGGAACAGUGCUCAUUGGACGAUCACUGCAAGCAACGGUCGACAUGGACGGCGGUAAAGUGGACGACGAGAACCAGCGUAGCGUCAAUGACGGCGACUGGGUCUGCCCCGACUCUCAAUGUGCCAAUAUUAACUUCGCCCGACGAAACUCCUGCAAUCGCUGUGGCAAAGAUAGAGGUGAAUGUCCAAAGAAGAAAAAAUUGGGUCAAGAAAUUGGAAAAGCUGCUGCAGAAAAAAGCAGGGGUCUCUUUAGUGCAGACGACUGGCAAUGCAGUAAGUGCGGGAACGUUAACUGGGCUCGUCGUCAACAGUGUAACAUGUGCAACGCCCCGAAAUUCGGCGAGAUAGAGGAGCGCACGGGAUAUGGAGGCGGGUACAACGACCGAGGAGUCGUCGAGUAUAAAGAGAGACGGGAUGAGGACGACGAGUACGACGAGUUCGGGCGACGUAAGAAAAAGCGGAAACUCGAAAAUCGCUCCGACGAUGACUCUAAGGAUUCCAAAUACAGCAGUCCUUCACGCAGUAAAUCCAAAGACAAGGACGAGAGGAACGAGGUGGACGACGAUGAGCAGGCAGAAGAAAAUGAGGACGAAGAGGAGGAUGAUGAAGAAGACGGCGACUUAUCCAAAUACGAUCUUAGUGAAUGGGAUGACUUCGCUCCGGCAAAGAAAAGUACGAACGGAAGUGCUAUAUCAUCGGAAGCGCAACGGUCAAGAAACGGAGAUGAUUGGAGGGAUUCAGGCACAUCCAACCAAUGAAAUGCUGUACAAAAGGACAGGUUUGACUCGGGUUUCGGGUAUAAAAUUGAUUAUGAUGAUCAAUUGCAGAACAACAAUACAGUGAUGAGUCUUGCUAAAAUAAUGUAUAGUCCCAGAUCCUUCAGAUUUUUCAAGUAAAACCUGCUUUUAUUGCGAUUAUAUCUUGGUAUCGCAUAAAAAUAUAUCGAAUAGAGAUUAGCAUCGAAAUUAGAUCGAAUCUUCUCAGCAGACGCGAACGCGAUUCUCGUUCGAUGAUUUUCUUUUCUUUUUACAGAUGAAAAGACGCAAAGACUCGAAGGGAGAUGUGUGCAGUCGGCUCGGCAACUAAGAGAAACUAUACACAACGCAAAUCUAGCAAUUUAGUGAUGCACCUUUGGAGAUAAAGUGGCCGAUAUAACACGUGACUUACUACAAAGGGAGUCGACUAACAAUAAGCUUUACAUUUAUAAUUCAACUCAUAGCUUCGUUGAUCCUAAGAAAGCGAAAUAUAGGGUUCUCCUAUUUGCGCGGUGUCGUUGCUCCCGAAAGAUACACGAAAUGCCUCGUGGCGCAAGUAGCAUGUUUCGCUAGCGAGAUACAAGACAAGGAUAAUCCAAACACGACAGUGAAUCUAUAGAGAAAUUAUACACAGCUCGUUUUACAAGCUCUAAAUAUGACGUUGUAGAAAAAAAAAAUCUCUAACGUAGUAAUCUUACUCCUACGUAGGCGAAAAGCUCUGCGCAAAUUCCAUCAUCUCGCAGUGUUCUAAGGCUCUUAUUACUUUAUCCAUAAACGUAUUAUGUCGCUGUAGUCGUGUCAUUGCUUACAUUGCUCAAACUGCUGGAGGAAUCUGCUUUUUCCCCUUGUCUCUCUUUUUAUUGUCUCUCGUCUGACGCGUGACACUCAGUUUAAAUGAACAAUCGUAAGAGUGAAGUAUUAAAUAAUCAUUCCCGUAACGAAGCGGAUAUAUACUGACUUUCAGAAAAAAAGGGAAGCAAAAAAAACUGUCAUUACUUUGUCUCGACUUCCAUGCAGAUCCGCUUCUUUCGGCUGUAUUUUACACACUGUGCAAAAUCCUUCUUUUUACUUCUUCUUUUGUGAAGUCCGGAGUGUAUAGUCUCGUUUCGAGCACAGAAGUGGCGCAACACAGCGCAGCGAAAGGAACGGGUCUGAUCUUUGGAAUCCGAGUAAAUUUGGAAGCCUGCUUGGCUCAAAAAGAGAAGACGGUACGAGUUACUGGUGUCUCACUUGCGCGCAUUUUGCGAAUGUGAACAAAAGGCCAACUCUCUCCGACAGACGCCCUCGAAUCGCGUAAACGUCGAACGCCGAUCAAAUCUUGUGCUAACAUACUUCUUGUAAAUAUCUUUAUUUUUCAUUUAUAAUAAAAAUCAUUCAUCAACAACAUAA